AUGGCGGAACGAGGAGGCGGAAGCUGGACUAGCAAGUGGAAAUGGAGCAUGAAUCUCGGUAUUGCAGAAGUCACAGUUUAUGCAUUUAGUAUAGAGAACUUUAAACGUAACAAAGAAGAAGUUGAUAAUCUCAUAGACCUUAUGAGGCAGAAAUUCAAGGAUUUGUUAGAAAACAAGAAAAAAUUGAAGGACGAUGGAAUAUGUAUUCGUGUGUUUGGCAAUUUGUCCCUGUUGCCAGAAGAUAUAUGUAAAUUAAUAGCUGAAGUUAUGAUUGUUACUAGGGAAAAUAAUAGAAUAUUUAUUAAUUUUGCUGUUGCUUAUACAUCAAGGGAUGAAAUUACUCAUGCAAUUAAGGAUACCAUAAUACAAGGUGUAAAGGAUUCUGAUAUUUUACCUGAAGAUAUUAACGAAGAUCUGAUUACUGAUUGUUUGUACACUUACAAGUCUUCAUAUCCAAAUUUGUUAAUUCGUACUUCCGGAGAAACUCGACUUAGCGAUUUUCUCAUGUGGCAAAUUUCCAAUACUUGUAUUUACUUUAUCAAAGUAUUGUGGUCUGAAUUCAGUCUAUGGAAUUUUCUUUGUGCAAUUUUUUAUUAUCAGAGAUGUUAUUCUAGCUUGCAAAAAAAUAAAAACAAUUUGAAACCAAUUAUGCAUAAUACUAGAGUAUCCAUGUUUAUUUAUAAGUUAUAUAACAAACGUGACAUAGCAAUCGAAAAAAUAUAUCAAUCAGCAAUUCAAUCCUAG